AUAAACAGCUGCGCAAACACAGCAGUCUUCGUAGUAACUGAUCAGAGCAAGGAACACACUGAUUGAGCAGCGUGCCUGAGUAGGAACUUGAGCUUACUACACGUUACCCAAGCAACAUUGGAUGUGCUGAAGGCAGAAGAGCAUUUUUCACUGGGAAGACUUGGAUUUUACUCGUUAUUGUGAAAGGAGUCUAAUUGAGCGGAAUAUAUUUUCUGGAGGACCUUUUUUCAUACAAGAAUUGAAAAAGCAGCAGCAGACAUUUCAAAUUAGCAAGAAAACCACAGAGCAUGGGGACCUGCCUCACCAGAUGCCAAUCCAGCCUGACAAUCUUUGAAAACCCAGAUGAGUCUAUGUCAAUGGAGAGCCCGGAAAGCGUGAUUGUGUCUCUUGUUGAUUACCCAUCAUUUGGAGAAACAGAACUGACCAUGUGCAUUGGGGAAAGACUGACCAUGACAUCAGAUGACGGGGACUUCAUAAUGGUGAGAUCCACAACGACAGGCCGGGAGAGCUACGUCCCUAUCGAGUACACGGCCAGAGUUACUGACAGGUGGCUGUUCAAAGGCAUCAGCAGGUACAAAGCAGUGGAGCUGCUCAUGCUUCCUAAUAACCAGAAUGGAGCCUUCUUGAUUCGAGAGUCAGAGACAAGCAGAGAUUCCUACUCGCUAUCUAUCCUGAGGAGAACCAGCUCUUCGUACCAGGACUGUGUGAAGCACUACCGCAUUUCUACCCUCCCGAAUGGAUGGGUCUACAUAUCUCCAAGCCUUACUUUCCCUUCCCUGCAUUGCAUGGUGGAACACUAUUCAGAGACCGCAGAUGGAUUGUGCUGUCGGCUGGCAAUGCCUUGCUUCAUCCAGGGUUUAGACAAUGCUGAAGAGGCCCAGCCUAUUCCAAUAACGACCAGGAGGCCCACCAUAAAAUGGAAGGAAAUCAGCAGAUCGGUGAUCUUAAAGAGGAAGAGGACAGUGUCAGACCACUCUCUGGUGAGCGAAGGGCUCAGGGAGGCUAUUUACUCCUACCUCCAAAUGACCGAGGCCGGCGAAAACAGCUGCUGGGACACUUGAGGAAAGACUGCAGAGUGAGACCCUGUAAUUCAUCGGCUGCGGCUUGGGGAACCCACUGGAAGAGGCCGUCUACACGCCCAAGUGCAGUCUUUAGAGACUGCCCUGGAAUAGCGGGAGGGCUGAGACACUACGCUGUGUGGAGAUAUGCAGUACUGCAAACUAUAUGAGCUGGAGGACUGCUUUUGUGGAUGUGUGUCCAAAGAGGCGUAAAGAGGAGCUUUGAGAAAUGUGUUCUCAUUUGGCUCCUAAACAUUGAAUGUAUCUCUUAAUUUAUAAACUAAUGUAUACAUGCAGGUUGAAUGUCAUAUUAUGUGUUAAUAUUAUUGGAAUAUGAUUGUUAUCAUGGUUGUGUUAUUGGAAUCCAAUAAAAUAUAUCAUUUAUGUAA